AUGUUGAGCAACUAUAAACCAUAUGAGAUCUUGCCCGACAAAUGUGAGCCCAAAAAAUCAAGAAUUGAGAAAACCCCUCGUAGCAAAUGCAGUCGCCAUCCUUCAAUUGCCACUUCCUCUGACAUCAGUAAUCUCAAGAGCCUCAUCCCACCCCCAAACCGGCCACAUACAUACUCACAACCGGCCCGCAUGACUCAUCCGCCGAAAAAUCUCCACUCUCACACCCAAGGCAGAAUCCUUCUCCCCACAUCUCACUCCUCACAGCAUUCUUCACAGCAUCUUCUCCGGUUUCUCGCAUUGCUCAAUCCUCUGCACCCAGAUAGGUUAUAUCCCACGAUUCGCCAUUUCCGCGCAGAAAUUCAUAUGCAGCUGCAGCGAAAAAGCUGCGAGAGGAAGGACGAAAAUGAGGCUCAGAUGGUUUACCGGUCACCCACUAUACGUCUGAAGCAAGCAAGUGGAGCGCUUGUGGAAUCCUUGUUCUGCUAUCCCCGCGCCGCUUCACCGAGUUUGCUGUGUUAA